AACUAUGAAUAUGUGUGCGACUGUCAAUACAACACAACUCAACCAAUCAAUGGUGGUUACAUCUAUUCGUCUUCUUCCUUCUUCUCUCACUUCUCUCCUUCAACCUCGUUCUCCAUAUUCAUGGCGCUGGCGUCCUCCUCCUUCUUCCGUCUCAUUUCCACUCUCUCCCAUCCACUCCAGAAUUUCUUCCAAUGGAGUUGGUGAUGUUGAAUUACCUGUUGAUCAGUCACAAGUUAUUUUCAUUGGGACUGGAACUAGUGAAGGGAUUCCACGAGUUAGCUGCUUGACUAAUCCUGCAAAUAAAUGUCCGGUUUGUUUAAAAGCUGCUAAACCAGGUGAUAAGAAUAGGAGACUUAACACGAGCAUCCUCAUUCGCCACCCAAACUCCACAGGAACACAUAAUAUUCUUAUUGAUGCUGGAAAGUUUUUCUAUCAUAGUGCUCUCCAGUGGUUCCCUAAAUUUGGGAUAAGAACACUUGAUGCUGUUAUUAUUACUCAUUCUCAUGCUGAUGCAAUUGGAGGUCUUGAUGAUCUUAGAGACUGGACUAACAAUGUUCAGCCUUCUAUUCCAAUUUAUGUUGCCGAGCGUGACUUCGAGGUCAUGAAGAAGACCCAUUAUUACUUGGUAGAUACAAGCGUAAUCACUCCUGGUGCUGCAGUCUCAGCGUUACAAUUCAAAAGCAUAUCUGAAGAACCGUUUUUUGUUCAUGGAUUGAAGUUUACCCCACUACCAGUGUGGCACGGUCAAGGUUAUCGGUCUCUUGGUUUCCGUUUUGGUAAUAUAUGUUACAUAAGUGAUGUCAGUGAAAUUCCUGAAGAAACUUAUCCACUUUUGAAGGGCUGUGAACUUCUAAUCAUGGAUGCUUUAAGACCUGAUCGCUCUUCUGCUACACAUUUUGGACUUCCAAGGGCCUUAGAAGAAGUGCGUAAAAUUCAACCCAAAAGGACACUUUUUACUGGAAUGAUGCAUCUGAUGGAUCAUGAAGAAGUGAAUGGCUACCUUACAAAAUUAUUCGAGUCUGAGGGCCUUGACGCACAACUGAGCUAUGACGGGCUUUGUAUACCAGUCAGGCUCUAACUGCAAUUUCACUCAUAAGAGGACCAUUAUUUUUUCUCUAAAAGAGAACUUAUUAAUUACAAAAUAAACUUUGAAAUGAAUGUCACUACCAGGUUUUUUUUGGUAUGAACAUUCUGCCGGCCGCUGCAGCUAUUCUUCCUUUUCACUAUCACCAUUCUUUAUUUCUUUAGCUCUCUCUGAACACUAAGGAUAAUACCAUACAUGUGUCUUGAGGUUUAUUUCCUGCAAUGAAAGAUUUAAUUGUUUAUAUAGUAAUGUGGUGCUGUUGGGAUAGUUGAUAUUGUCAAAUUCAAUUUAAUCCAUAUUUACAUACAGACCAUAUUUGAAAAUGUUCUGGUUGCGACAGUUUAGGAUUCUAUAGAAUCUUGUCUACUUUUUAAAAUUAAGGGAUUGCUAGUUACAUUUUAUAUAUUUCUCUCGUAUCCCAUAAAAUUUCAGAAUUACCCCUUCGUCGUCCCGAUAGUAAAAUCCAAAUACGCCCUAUACAUUUGUUUGGAUAAUACUAUCCUAACAAACUCCUACACAGUUUUUAAAAAUUGCGGUUGUUAAAACUGUCACAAUUUAUCUUAUCCAGAUAAUACUGUCAAACAGAUAUUUUCUUUUUCUCUUUCAUUUUUCUAGACCAUGAGCUACAGAAGGUGUUGCCUUAAAAUCCAACAGUUUGAAUGUACUUGAUUUCUGUAUUUCAAGAUAACGAGAAAAAUGAGUAUUAGCCGAUAGACUCACUCAAACUGCUUUCAAAUGCAUAAUUGACAACAACCAUCUUCUCAUGUUGGUGCCCAUUGUUCAUAUUUUGUAAUUCUGAAUCUUGAGCAAUUUUGGCAAGAAGUCCCAAUGGUCAAACAUUACGCAAAAAACAUGUUUCCAGCUCAGCCAGUGGCAGCAUCAAAAUUUAAUUUAUUCCUACUUGAGCUCAAUCUAUACCUUGAUAAAAAAAUGUCCUGUAAAGAGAACUAAUUCAAAAAAAAAAGUGAUGGUUGAUUGUGUUAUAACGGUUUGUCCUAUUUAUGGUGAUUUAGUUGAGUUCAACUUAGUUAAUAGUGUUUAGUAUAAGAUUUUCAGAUGGUCGGGCUUGCAGACAAUCCUUCUUAA